AUGGGUGCCCGCAGUAUCCUCCCCCUCAUCCUACUCCUCGUCUUCGUCGGCAUUCUCGCCGCAGUCGGCUUCAUCGUCUACAGCAUCGUCCAAGAUGUAGGCAAGAACACGCGCGAGAAGAUGGAGCGCAAAAACAUCGCCUUCACAAAGGACGGCAUGAAAGUCCAAGUCCGCGAAAUCAAAGACGAGGCCUACAAAGACCGAACCCAGAGCGUUCUUGUCAACAUGUGGAACCACACUUCCUUCCCCGCUUAUAAGAGCCGACUUUGGGAUAUGUCCGGGUCUUCGGCGACCGAUCAGCAGAAUGCAGAGAAGCGCAAGUAA